GUAACUUUGCAGUAUGGGGUGGACUUUUCUCUACAUUUGAUUGUUGUUUAAUGGGACUCAGAGGCAAGGAAGAUCCAUGGAAUUCUAUUGGCAGUGGAGCUAUUACUGGUGCAGUUCUAGCAGCUAGAGGUGGUCCUUCGGCAGCUUUACGAUCAGCAGCUAUUGGUGCUGUACUAUUAGCCUUGAUAGAAGGUGUAGGGAUCUGUAUAACAAGAAUGACGGCUGAUCAGUUUAAACAAGUGAUGCCACAACCUCCAGAUCCAAUGCAGUUACCACCAAAACCAAUCAACCCAUCACCUCAACCUUUAUCAACACCUGAGUUUGAACAACAACCACAAUUUCAUUAACUACAGUACAUACAUGCACUAUCUAUAAUGCCUAAAUCUUAAAACCAAGGUAGGACCACAUCGAGACAUUGAUUCCAAGAUUUGGGCAUUGGUUAUAUUGCUGUACAUGUUGUAUGUAAGAGGUAAAUGCACUUGUACAAAUGGCAUGUCAAGGCUGGGCUCAGGUUCAAGCUGGUGGUGUUGAUGUGUAAUGGAAAGAAUGAAAACUGAAUGAGGAAUGAUAUUUUUGUGGUGGUGUUGAUGUGGCAAGGAAAGAAUGAAGAAAAAGGGAUGAUAUUACUGUAUAACAGGCAUACAGUGGAAUAAGAAGUUUCCUCCUUUUCUUAAAUGAAUUCUAAAUUCCUCCUAAAGGAAUGUUUCCAUGAUAUUUUAUCAUCAAGCUUCUUUAAUGCAUAAAUGAGAAUUCAAUGUGCAAAAUAAUGUCAACUUUAAACUACACAAAGUAUUUCUUGCUAUUAAUAUUUAAACAUCAAGUGUGACUGAUAUACAGUUACAUGUAAUUGUACAAAAUAUGAAAGCUAUAAACAGGACAGGAGGAAAUGUUUAUAAACUUUAAGAAAAAUAAAUUCUCAUGGUACAUGCUAUAACCAUUUUCUUAAUUAUACAAUUCAGACAGGUAUAUGUAGUGAUAAUUCGAAAUGUCUGGGCUAUUGACUUCUGUCAAUCAAUUUUGCAAUGGUCCAAUUGAUUGACAGAAUGGGACUAGUGUAUAUUGCAUAGGAGGUGAUCGUACAGUCAGCUGCUUAAGUAUCGAACGCUAUUAUUCAUUUACAAUGUGAAACAAGAUUUGAUUGUAUCAUACUUCACAUGUUUUAUUUAAAUUGAAAAAUGUGAGGAUUUUGUAUGAAAGAAACAUUAAAAUAUUCCUUUGUUCUAUGAUACUAAAAGGCUACUAAUCAACAGUAAUAAUUAUGCUCUAUAUAAAUAAAUAAUCACUGUUUUCUU